GGUCUACUCACCACCUGUCUUGACCUUUCACCUUAUGGACUAACAUAUUCUCGCGGGGCCAUAUCAUACAAACCGUCAGAUUUUUUUUGUGCAUUUUUUUUUUUACCUUACUGCCUGUUUGUUGGUUGGUUUAGUUGUUUUUUUUUUCCUGGGCAAGAUGCUGGCUCACUUUGUGUGUGUGCUUCUUCUGUGCUUCACCUGCGGUGGACUUUGUGCAGACGUGGACCAGGAAGAGCGAGCGUUAGAAGAAGAGCUCCUCAGCAGCUUGUUCGCUUCCAAGCUGAAACAGAGCCAGCAGAGUGCCCCCUACUGGCGCCUGUCACUGGACAACCUGUGCAGGCUGCUGAGCGGGCUGCGGCAGGAGGCGUGGAGGAGCGGCGAGGAAGACGACGAAGAGGAGGAUGAGGCGGGAGAGGAGCAACUUGGGGAGUGGAGUGUCCAGAAGCUGGAGGAGCUUUACAGGCUGCAGCACAUCUGUCGAGCGCAGCAGAGCCGGGAGGGCCGGCUACGCCACGGUUCCCUGGACUAUGCGGCGGAGAACAGCGAGGCUCCGCUAAAACGAAAGUCUCCCUACAUCCUGAAGAGACAAGCGUCUCACAGCACCAAGACCCGGAGGCCGUACAUCUUGAAACGAAGUGCAAUUUACUGACAUCCAUACCACUCCACCCACCCCCUCGGCGGCUUAUCUUCCUGCCAUGAUUGUGUUUUCUUUCUCCGCCAUCCUUGCCGUAACCUUCUGUUUUCCCUUUUGACCAAAUUCCACUUUUGCCUUGUCGGCCUCGCCGCUCUUGUGCUCCUCUAAAGUGUUGCUAGGUCCUCAAAAUAAAAUGUAAGCAUCACACUAAA